AUGAAGUUUACUUUGGCCACUGUUCUCUUGGUCAACCUGGCUGGCUGCGGGUUGGCGAGUCCAGCAACGGGCAUGAGAAAUGACUUGUCCAUGACGUCUGGCACGGUAGGGAUCUCGGCCUCUGUCCAGGAGAAGGGAACCAUGAUAAAGGAACACCUUGACAAGGCCGUCAUGCUGUUGAAAGAGGUCGGCAAAGAAGAGCCCGCCUUUGGAAAGCCACUGGAUCGGGCCACCAUGACGAUUGAUACCCUGAACAAGGCCAUUCACAACCUCUUCUUGCAAUAUCAGUACAAGGGCAACGGAACUAAACCCACGGGCGGUUACAAGCCCGGCGGCCCUCGGUACGGUGGACGUAAACCUGGAGGCUACGGGAAUCCUCGCGGCUACUGA